UUAAAAUCUAAUCGACAGGAAAGCGUGAGUGUAAAGAAAUAUCAGUAAAUCUAAUAGUGUAUCCAAUUUUCGAGUUUUGUUUCAUUUUGAGACAUAAUGAUUGGGAGUAGGAUAAAAUUCAAGAUUAUCAAAUAAGGCCGUCAUUGAUGUAGACCAAGUUCACUAGUGUAAAAUAUGCCUAUUUUUUAAUUAUUUCCCUAGUGGUUUAAAUACAAACCUGGUAGAAACGGUCGAACACAGAAUACUGGCGUCAUCAGAAAUCGGCCGUAUUAGGAUAAACUAAAUCUACCUGCCCUUUGCUACUGAGAUUUUGUCAACGUAGCAAGCAAAGCAUUUGGAGUUAUAAUUUCCUGCCACGAAUCGCAGCGUAUUCUGCAUAAUUGUAGCUAACAGCGAUAUCAUUCAAGUGACCCAAUACUGCCAAGACCCGAGAUUUACAAGACUUGCACUAAACGUAGGUGUUCUUGCUUCGGGCUAAUAAGAAGCAACGAAAAUCGUGAUUAAAUCAUUGUUUAUAUCUAGUAAAUCAUUUUUUGUAACGUGAAACGUAACUCGUGCUUACGAUUGAAAUUAGCACACUUUUAAGCCAUUCUACGCUGGCGUAAAAUUGCGAGCUACAGCCAUGUCUGAAACAACUGCUGAUACGGUUGUAGUUAAUCAACCAUUAAAAGUGGAAGAAGAUAACAAUAAUGACAUAAAUUUAGCCGAUUCGGUAACUAAGUUAAACAUUAACGGAGAUUCGAGAAACGAUCAGACAGAAAUCACUAAAGCAAACGAGGAAAAUCAGGACAACAAUAACCAUGCUUCCUGUGACGUGUCUAGUAAAAACGUUGAUGGUGGCCAUAAAUCAAUAGGAAUUCGAAUUAGACGAACAUCUGAAAAACUUCUUGGAGAAGAGGUAGGUGGCCGAAAAAAAUAUUCACUCGAUCAAUUGCUGUCUUUAAAAGAUGCUACUAUUAGCAAAGAAAAACCUACGACUAUACCAGAUGUAUGCAGGUCCAUUCUUAAGUCUUCCCACAACCCGCUUAUGUCUGCCACUAGAAAUUAUGGUAACCAAGAUAAUGCGCUGCUUCCGAAUUUCAUGCGAGGUGGUAUGGAUGGUGGUGGAAUGAUGGGAGCCAGACCGAUGGCAGCUGCUCCGAUAAAGCGUGCUCCAUACCAGGGUCGUUUAUCAGCCAAAGAAACGCGAUCCAAUGCAGCCGAUGAUGUAGAUAGUGGUAUCAUUAAAGUUAAUCUAAACAUAACCGAAGAGGUAAAACUUCGAGAAUCUGCGAAUGCUUGGAGGCCACGCUUUUUAAAGAUGCAAGAAGAAGGUGAUGAGGAAACUAAGAAAACUCAGGAACUAUUCAAGAAAUUUCGUAGCGUACUGAACAAGCUAACACCUGACAAUUUUAACGUGCUUGUUGAACAGGUUAAAACUUACGAAAUUGAUACUGAAGAACGGCUAGACGGGUGUAUUAAAAUUCUGUUCGAGAAAGCGAUUAUGGAACCCAAUUUUACUGAUACGUAUGCGCAAAUGUGCAAAGAAGUGGGUAGUAUAAUAAAAAUUUCUACUGGUGACAAUCAACAGGCCAAUUUCAAGCGCAAAUUGAUUACUCAGUGCCAGAGAGAAUUUGAAAAGCAUCAUACAGAUAAAGAACAGAAUGCAAACGAAAUUGAGGAGUCUAAGAAAAAGGCGACUGAAGAGAAGACCGAUGAAAUUGAAGAUCUUCAGUUUGAACUGGAAGAGAAAGACAUCAGAAUUCGAAGGCGUGCUCUGGGAACGAUUCGUUUUAUCGGGGAGUUGUUUAAACACAAGCAACUUACGCAUAAAAUCAUGUAUACUUGCAUUAAUAUUUUGCUGAGUGAAGAAAUGUUGGAUGAGGAAUCACUCGAGUGCUUGUGUAAACUGCUGUCCACUAUAGGCUGCCGAAUGGAGCAAGAAUGUGACCCGAUGGGUUUACAAUAUUGUUUUGAUCGGUUGCAAGAGAUUGUGGAUCGAAAAUCAACGAUUCAAGUAUGUAACCGAAUUCGUUUCAUGAUUCUUGACUUAAUGGAUGUAAGAAAAAACAAUUGGCAACCUCGUAGAGCCCAAGCUGCACCUAAAACGAUGGAAGAAAUCCAAAAGGAGGUAGAAACGGAGGAACACAAAAAUAGAAUUUUAAAUUUCGUGCUGUCCGGUCCAGGUAGCCGUGGGGGCAGCGGUGGUGGUGGUGGUGGCGGCGGUGGUAUUGGCAGUAGCGGAGGUAGCAAUCGGAUGGAUAAUGACCGGCACCACGGGGGAGAUAGCGGAAGUGCCUCGAAAAAUAAACAGCGUUUCGUUGAUGACGAUGGUUUCGUACAACCAGCAUCCAACAAAACAGCUCGCCCACUGCCUAUUUUUGACCCGAAGAAGCUUAACUUAACGCAAAAGUCACCGGAAGUGACUCGAUUAGGAUCUGCUUCUAUGUUUCAAGGCUGGGGACAAAAUAAUGCGUUUGCCUCACUUCCUGAUGAUCAACAUCAGAGCGCAGGUCCUCCCAGCUUCUUUGGGGCUGGUGGUCUGGGCAGUAGCUCUCAAUCUACCGGCGGUAGCAGUAAAGGAGGAGGUGGUGGAGGCUAUGGCGGCGGAAAUAAAAAGUCUGGUGGCGGAGGAGGUGGUAAAAAACAGCUUUACCAUGGAAGAAAUAGCAGCCGCUUCUGAUGAAAACCUAAUUAUAAUCAUUGUUUAUGAUUGCCUCAUUAGAAGUCUUAUUUUCUAUACCUUAUACAUUGUUUGAGGCAAACUUUUUUUUGCGAAAAAAUAGAAAUGCAACUAGUGGGUCAAAUAAAAGGUAAAGUGUCUUUUCAUAGUCAUACAACUCGUACUCAGGUUAGUGGGUUAAAUAUAAAUCUGAAAAGUACGUAGGAUUUGUGGUGCGUUUUAAAGUAACAAUGUUUCGAAUUCUUUGUGUAUUCCAGUCAAGUUCAGGCAUUUUUGCCCUAACGUGCCGAAAAAACAGCCAUCCUUCUUAAUAGGAAAUCAUAAACAGUUAUCCAAGCAUCUGUGCACUCGUACAUGAAUAAGUCUCACAAAUAAAUUAAAUUUACCUUAAUCAAACAGCCAAUAUAACUAACAGAAGUUCCUUUUGCAAUACUAAGGAGUUUGCUGUAGAACAUGUUCAAGGUAAGUUGACGCAAAGCUCUAAAUUGCAUUAAUAAUCCGAAAACGGUCACUGAUGAAUCGUUAACUAUCAUUUUGAGAAUAUACCAUACCGAGAAGUUCACAGCCAGAUUUGCGUGUGCGGUUCGAAAGUUGAAGAAAACACAAUCAAAAUGUGAGAUUAAUAAAAGCUAGAGUGUAUCUUACGCAAAUAAAUCGAAAAUAGUCAAGUUACGCUAAUAGAUUAUAAAAUAGAAGUUCGAAAUAUGGUGAGACACGUUAUUAUUGCCUUUCAUCUCUAUAAGUUGAUGUGUAUAUAUGGGCAAAGCAUUGGACUCAAGGGAAUGUCACGCUCAAAAUAACAAUUAUAUAUAUAGAUUUAAUUCUGAUUCUGGAAAGUAUGCAAGGAAGGAAUAUUAAUAGGAAAAUGAUAUUAAAUAUAGGGAAAAAACAAUAGCAAAGAAAUGAAAAGUCGCGCUAGACCUUUAUAUACUUUUAGCAUCCCAGAACGUAAAACAUAAGCUGGAAUUUGAUAACUGAAUUCUGUAAGAAUAUAAACAGUAAUUUUAAAACUAUUGUUUCAGUGGAAAAGGAUUGCGAAUAAAACAAAAACGAAAUGCAAGCUUACAACUUACGCAAAUAUUUGUACUUUUUCAAUUUACAUUUAUUGAUAUCGUAGUUUCAAAAAUAUAAGAAAUCUUUAUUCAACAAGUCUUUUUUUAUCUGUGAAAUGCAAACUAUUUUUCAAACAAAUAACACUUGUAAAGAUAAUUUUUUCAGUAACAUCAUGAUUAUCACGGCAAUCAAAAAACCAUUUCAAAAAUUCAGUUUAAUUUAAAAUCGAAUUGUUUAUUUAAAGCUGACGCAAGCAGGCGUUAAGGCAUAAUUUUGUUCGGUAUUUAACAAGUUAAAUGCCACAAAUAACAGCGAGCACCACUCAACGUUUCUGUACCUAAUUGCCUCCAAAUAUCUACCAUUUCUUCGCAAAUAAUAAUUCAACAAAAUGGUAAUUAAAGCUACUAACCUGAUACGAGUGCAAACAUUUUGUAACUGAAAGCAAUAUACAUUAUGAUGUUCUUAGUUUUAUUACUUUCUGGAUUUAAUU